AAUCCCGCUACGGAAAUGCUACGCGCUGACGAGGUAACGCACGUGGCGGCCAGCGUGGUAUUUCGCUCGUCCCUUCGAAAGAAAAAUCAGCCAAAAAGAGUACGCAUAUCUCCCGGGCGACGGAGCGGCGACCUGAGACUCGGCGGCGGCCGCCGCGGAGGUAGGCGGGAGCAGCGCAGCGGCAUGUCCCUCGGCGGCGCGGCGAGCUGCCCCUCUUCGGCAGCUGGGCUGCGACCUUCCCCUCAAAGUCGGCGGCUCGGCGAGCAUACCUUCAUCGGAAGCAGCACGUCGACGUACCCCUCUCCGGCGGAAAUCUCUGAAAAAGGCACGAUGCGCAAAAUUUUCGCUCCACUGAUGUUGAGCUGCUCCGUUUGCCUCCGGCUUCUGAUACUGCUCGUUGCCGGGAGUCACAAUCGGCAGUGUUAUGAGUCUGGCUACAUUUUAACUCGAAGAUGUGAAGAUAUACCUUCUGAAGAAACAAAGAGGAAAUAGGUCCCUAGUGAAUCUUCAGAAGCAACGAGAGAAUGUAUUCCCUCUGAUCAGCGUAUGCCAACAAACCUGAGAGAUAAUGUUCGGUGGAACAAACAUGAAGCUCUAGUACAAUUAACACAUGUUAUUGUUGGUACCUAUUUUAUGUUAAACAAUGCCAGAGAAUGUAUUCCCUCUGAUCAGUGUAUGAGAAAUUCUGUUCUGCAUAAGUGUUCUUUGCAGUUCUGGCAUUACUUCUCAUAUGUAUGUGCUUGUUCGGUAUUAAUGAAUAAUGUUUGCUCAAUUCUAAAAGAUUA